AUGGCAUCUUCGCAGCGCACGAUACAAUACACCAUUCCGGGGAGGGAAGACUUUAACAAACUUUCCGACGAGCAGAAAACACGGGUUGGCGAAGCUUUCGACCUCUUCGACUCCAACAAAGACGGCCUCCUCUCCUACGAAGAAUUCCGCUUCGUCCUCCGCGCCCUCGGCUUCGAGCUGCCCAAGCCGCAGACCUACGACCUGCUGAUCCGCCACGGCCAAAAGCCCGCCAACUGGCCGCUCGACCAGGAGUGCCCCCCCGUCUACCGGCUCUUCAACCUCCCCACGGUGCAGGCGAUCGCGGGGACGCUGAUCCGGCAGCGCGACCCCAAGGAGGAGCUCCGUCGCGCGUUCAGACUGUUCGAUAUCGAUGGCAAGGGCAUGAUCACGCAGGACGACCUGAGGAGGGUCAGCAAGCAGGUGGGGAAUAACAUACCGGAUGCGGAUAUUACGGCCAUGAUUGAGGAGUUUGAUGCGAGUGGGAAGGGGGGAGUAGAUGAGGAUGAGUUUUUGAGGUUGAUGAUGAGUAAGAAAUAA